CGAGCUCCUAUUUCCCAUUUCAUGAAAAAAGAGUGAGGCGCAUUCUCAAGAACUCCCUGAGCUUUGCAAUGGUCUCGCUGCUGCACCCGCAGGAAACCGUGCUAUAAAGUAAAAUAUUCCACCUUCCUAUCUCUCUCUGCUACUACCAUGGACCUUCUCCUUCCGAUUUCAGUGCGAUUUUCUGCAUUUUCACGCGGUUCACUGUGUGCUCUUUCUCCGACAAAUCCCUUCAAUUCUCGUUCUUUUCCACACCAGAGAAUUAGAAUCAAGUUGAAAUGCAGCCCCGAGCCUAUGCGAGCGGAAACGAACUCGAAUUUCGACAGCAGAGACAGUAACAAUUAUGAAAGGAAUCGUGAAAAUGAUAUGCAGGGAGAAGGGUUAAAAAAUGUGUGGGAAGAGACUGAGUUUGUGGAGGUAUUUGGGAUUGGAAGCAGGAAAGACGCUCUGCUUGCCUUCUGCUUGGCUUCACCUUGUCUUUCCCCGGCUUUAAGAUUUUGGAAUAUUCUCAUGAAAGACUCACAAAAGGUGCUAUUACAAGAGAAAUUGCCUACAGAAGAACAGUUUCCAAAGUGGUUUAUACAAGUCUUGCCUCAAAGUUUUGGGUUGGAUGCUCAAGGUCUUCCACAUGAUGUUUCUUCAAGAAUUGUGGAGGUUCCAUCAGCGAUAAAUUGUCCCAAAGCAGUUAUACUUGUGGCUAGUGCAGCUUAUGGCACCGAUCAUGUCCCAGCACUUGAUAUUAUAAGAAGAUUAAAGUCCAGAAAUGGACUAGUUAUUGGCAUCAUUUUGAAGCCUUUCAGCUUUGAAGGACGAAGGCGCUAUGAUGAGGUCACGGAUUUGAUUGACAAACUUCAAAGGCAUGCAACUAUCUGUAUAGUUAUUGACACUGAUGGUCUCCUCAAGAAAGAUCUAUUAACUCUGGAUGAGGCGUUGAAGACUUCAUAUAAUGCUGUGCUGAUGGCUGUUAAUGUCAUUCCAAUUCUCAUGUCUGACGACCACAUAAAGCUUCUAGAUGUGAUAGAUGGUGGUACUAAGGAACUGAGUGGUCCAGAGCUAAUAAAAAUUCUUGAAAGUUACAAAGAGGCCAAGACUGGAUUUGGAUCUGGCUACAAUAUCGAAACUUCAAUUCUGCGAGCUGUGUAUGACUGCCCCUUCCUUGGUCUGGGAGUAAAGGGCUCAAAUGGUGUGAUUAUAUGCAUUAUUGCAAGUUCAGGUGCUGUAAACUCCAGCAAUGUGCAUAGCAUCUUGCACACGUUUCGUCAAACUACCGGAUGUAGUGGAGACAUUGUGAUUUCCAUUGUCCAGGAACCCAAUAUGGAGCCAAAUUUAAUAGUAACUACUUUAGUUACAUGUGGGUACGCUGAACAGGAAUCUUCCCAAAAAAGUAACUUAUUGUCUAGACUGACACAACAUAUUCCUUUCAUUUUUAAUAUCCUUAAGAAGCCAGAUCCACCACUUCAAACUGCUAAAGAAAGCGAAAUCGAUGAGAGUCCAGUAAUUUCUGAUAUGGCAGAAUUUAUUUCUGUGGAUAAUGCGCGUAAGGAUGAGUCAGUCUAUGCUGGGGAACUGCAGGCACUAUUUCGCACUGAUAGUGAAGGAACAUCUUCUUUGAGAGAUUAUGAUAAUGUUUCUGAUGAAAGGAAGAUUGAACUAUCAAACUUUGACCCUUAUUCAUCCACGGAUGAUGUUGGUACUGAAGAACCUCUUGUUUUUAAAAGAGAGCUGCUCACCAGAUGGAAUCUCAGGCCAGGAAAUGACACUUCAGAAGGAUUAGCUACAGAAGGGACUGAGAAUAUAGAAGCAAGUGACAUAGUUGACAAUACCAGCACCUACAAACUUCCGGUUGGUGUAAAGCAGAAAGAACAGUUGCAAACUAGUUCAGGUUCCUCAAACUCAAGAAUUUAUACAGGGAGGAAAUCUGAAGAAAGCAAAAUCGCUCAGUCUAGAGAUAUUUCAAGUCUAUCUCAGGAUGCAGUGGAUGAAGAAUACAGCGAAAUUAUGGCAGAUGUUUACAACUCUAACCCUUCCUUGACUGAAAGAAACUAUGCCAGUGUUCCAAAAAAGAAAGGAGUUCUCUCUUCUCGGGCAGCCUCUAUGCUGGAAGCCGAACGAGAUUCAAAAAAGAAGUGGAUUCCUAUAGUUGAAAUGAAAUACAGGGGAGGUAUAUACAGAGGUCGGACUGAAGGAGGACUUCCCGAAGGAAAGGGCUGUUUGUCUCUUGGAGAUGGAAGCAAAUACGAUGGUAUGUGGCGCUACGGAAAGAAGUCAGGGUUGGGUACAUUUUACUUCAAUAAUGGUGAUAUUUAUCGGGGGUCAUGGAGAGAUGAUCUCAUGCACGGAAAGGGGUGGUUUUACUUUCAUACUGGGGAUCGAUGGUUUGUGAACUUUUGGAAGGGAAAGGCUAAUGGAGAAGGACGUUUCUAUUCAAAGCUUGGUGAUGUUUUCUUUGGCCACUUUAAAGAUGGAUGGCGCCAUGGCCGUUUUCUUUGUAUCAACAUUGACGGGACGAGGAGUACUGAAGUAUGGGAUGAAGGCCUUCUACAAAGCCGGAAGAAUUUGGAUUCUGACACCGGAACAGGAUAGAGUCUGUCUGGCAUAAUUUUAAAAUGCUAUCCUUCAGCCGUUCUGGUGCGUCCGCGAGAAACAAAUGCAGAAGAAUAUCAACUGAGGGCUGAUGUCUGUAAGAAGAGUUUUCUUCAACCAGCUCCACUGCUCGUAGCGCCUAUGCUUUAGUAGUAGCAGCACUCAAUUUUAAUAACACUACUGUUGUAUGAACAUCCUUUAAGCAUUUGUUUGUUCUUUAUCUGUACUGGUGGAAUCGAAAUUGAAUCUCCAAUUGUACACAUAUGUUGUAUAUUCUGUAUAUAGUAAUUUAAGUUUUUUUCUUUUCUUUUGAA